AGUUGGGUCUCUGGUCGGUUGCGGGGGGGUAUAAAGCCGCUGGUUUGUUGGUAGGACAAGUUGUGUGUGCAUCUUCCACCUUCUUCUUCUUCGUCUUCUUCUCUCUCCACUCCAGAAAAUCGCCCUCAGGUGGCAGACGAUAGAAUAAAAAGUUUUCUUUAUUUUUUCCCAUCCACUCACGAAGUGCUCUGCCCAGCAAGUGCAAGGUCACAGCCGGAAGACACAGUCACAGAGAAAGAGAGAAGAAAACUUCCUUCAAAAGUUGUGAAACGACAGCGUCCAACCGCCAGUCGGUGCUCAUCAGUCCAGCCGGAAUCAAGUCGCCUUCCUCCACUUCUACCAGAGUCCAUCGACAUUUCUUUUUGUAAUUUAUUCUCAAACUCGACUUCGAAAAAGUUUUGAAUUCCAACUUCCAAAAAGAUUUAACCGCAGAGAAAUCAACAUGCGUUUCGCUAUUGCCGUGCUGUUGGCCACUGUCCUGGUGGUCCUGGACGCCGCCCCUUACAACAAACGUCAAUAUUACCCGUCCCAGUCUGGCUACUACCCCUCGUCCGCCUACUACGGAGGAGCGGCCGGUUACUCGGCUGAUGACUACUACAGCCCUUACGGAUCGGCUUCCGGCGGCUACUCCGGCAGCCCUUACUAUUCCGGCUACAACAGGCGCCAACCCGUCAACAGUUACCGCCCGACCGGCUACCGCUACCCGGGGUCAUUCGGUUACCAAUCGGCCGCCUUCCCCGGAGUCUUUGGAUUUCCCAGGUGGAAUCCGUUCACCCGUUUCGGAUCAGCUCAACCGAAGCCAAAUCCUCAGGGCGUUAUCGCCGUCGUGGCGCCCAACGCCGGUCAAGAUUUGAAGGAUCAUGAACCUGUCGUCCUUGUCCUGGACCACGAUGACGAUCUGCAACAGCACCAGGAAGAGGAAUUCGAUCUGACCAAGUUGGUCGGCAACUUCGUGCCCGCCACUACCAACGACGAGCAGGUCAAGGAACCCGAGCAACAGCCCGAACUCCAGGAACCGGCCAGUCAAGACGGAUUCUACGGAGCCGAGGCCCAGGCCCAGUUCGAAUCUGCCCAGGAGACCGAGCAGGAUUUCGUCCAGCCAGAGCUCAGCCCCUUGGUGGUCCCCGAAGGAUUCGUCCACGAUGAGAAGCCAAAGCCCAUGGCCGCCGUCCAGGAAGUUGUCCAGGAAGCCGAAAUCCAGCCCGUCGCUGUCGUCGCCGACCUGGCCGCCGAACCCGCCAAAAUUGAGGAGCCCGUCAAAGUUGAAGAACCGGUCCAGGUUGUUGAAGUCGUCCAAGAGGACGUCCAGGAAGUCGUCGAGCCCGUCCAGGUUGCCGUAACUGCUUUCCAGGUUGGAGAAACCGCUGCUGAACCAGUUCCAGUUGCCGAACCAGUUCCGGUCGCUGAACCCGUUCCGGUCGAGUCCGACAUCGUCCAGGUUCCAGUUGUUUCUCUCGGAGCCGAUCAGCCCGAGGCUGUUGUAGAAUUCGUGCCCGUCGAUCCAGUUUCCGAUGCCAAGGUCGAGGAAUCCGCCGCGGCCGUCGAGCCCGUCGCUGAGCCCGAACCGGUCGCUGCUGUCGUCGCUGAUGAACAAGUCGUCGAGAUGGUUCCAGUCGUCGCUCCAGUUGUCCAGGAAGAACAGGUCCCAGUUGUCGAAGAUGUCGUCCAGGUCGAUCCCCUGCCCGUCGUUGCAGUUGAAGAGCAGAAACCCCAGGAAGAUGUUGUCCCAGCCGUCGAGGCCGAAAAAGAAGCCGUCCAGGAAGCUGUUCCAGUCGUUGUUAAAGAUGAGGCCAAGCCGUCCCAGUUGGUGGUUCCAGUCGUCGCUCCAGUCGUCGCUCCAGUCGUCCAGGAAGAACUUCCACUCGUUGCUGCUGAGGAGAAACCUGCCGAAGAUGUUGUUCCAGUUGUCGAGACUGAAAAGGUAGCCGUCCAGGAAGUUGUUCCAGUCGUUGUUGAAGAUGAGGCCCAGCAGCAAGUCGUCGAGUUGGUGGUUCCAGUCGUCGCUCCAGUUGUCCAGGAAGAACAGGUUCCAGUUGUCGAAGAUGCUGUCCAGGUCGAUCCUCUGCCCGUCGUUGCAGUUGAAGAGCAGAAACCCCAGGAAGAUGUUGUUCCAGUCGUAGAAACUGAAAAAGAAGCCGUCCAGGAAGUUGUUCCAGUCGCUGUUGAAGAUGAGGCCCAGCAGCAAGUCGUCGAGAUGGUCCCAGUCGUCGCCGAGGUCGUCCAUGAAGAACAACAGGUCCCCCAUGUCGAACAUGUCGUCCAGGUCGACCCACUUCCAGUUGAAGCCGAACAGAAACCCCUGGAAGAUGUUGUUCCAGUUGCCGAGCCUGUCCCAGCCGUCGUUGCCGAUGAGGAACAGAAACCCCAAGAAGCUGCCGUCGAAACUGUCCAGGAAGUCGCCCAGGAAGUUGUCGUCGUUGCCGAUGAGGUCCAGAAACCCCAAGAAGUCGCCGCCGAGGUCCCAGUUGUUGCUGCUGACGAGGCCCAGAAGCCCCAAGAAGUCGCCGUUGAGGCCGUCCAGGAAAUCGCCCAGGAAGUUGUUCCAGCCGUCGCUGCCGAUGAAGAGCAACAGAAACCAGCCGGACAACAAGAGAUCUGGAUUGAAGUCUCCCCGCCCGUCCAGCUCCAACCGGAAAGCGACUUUGUCCAGGUGAACGCUGGCCCAGACACUCCCAUCCAGCAGAAACCGGAAGUCUGGAUCCAAUCCGACGUCCCGGCUCCCAGCAAAGUCAUCAACCAGCAAGAAACCGUUCUGGCCGUCCCAGACGCUGCUGCCACCGCCGCCGUCCAGGCAACUCUCCUGGACAACUCCAAGGAAACCGAUUCCAAGGAGGACAACUCGACCGAAAAGCCCGAGCCGCCCGUCACCGACUCUGCCGAGGACAACUCGAGCGAGAAGGUCCGCGUCGAGCUGGUCCAGUCGGCUCAGCCCGUCCAGAUGCCCCAGGCUGAUUCUCAGAUCAAAGUUCCAGUUGAGCAGCCGUUGAUCUACCGCGAAGAGAUUGUCGUCUCGUCUGGCAGCUUGGCCGUCGGUCACCAACAAGACGGACAGGUUUCCUUGAAGCCGGACGCCGUCAUCGCCAUCCCCGACCGCGUCACGGCCACUGAAGUCGAGGAACCCGCUCAAGUCGAGGCCGUCGAAACCGAGAAAGUCCAACAGCCCAUCGCCGACGAUUUGAAAAUCGAACAGUCGGCCGUUGUUGCCGAACAGGAACAGGAAAAGGUUGCCGAACCCGCCGUCGUCGAGCAGGAGAAAGUUGCUGAACCCGCCGUUGCUGCUGAAGAAGAGAAAGUUGCCGAACCCGUCGUCGCCACCGAAGAGGAUAAGGUUGCUGAACCCGCUGUCGUAGAGCAGGAGAAGGUUGCCGAACCCGUCGUCGUAGAACAGGAGAAGGUUGCUGAACCCGUCGUCGCCACAGAGGAGGAGAAAGUUGCUGAACCCGCCGUCGUCGAACAGGAGAAAGUUGCUGAACCCGUUGUUGCUGAGCAGGAGAAGGUUGCCGAACCCGUCGUUGCUGCUGAGGACGAGAAAGUUGCCGAACCCGUCGACGCCGCCGAACAGGAGAAGGUUGCUGAACCCGUCGUAGCAGCAGCCGAUGAGACCAAGAAGGGCACCGACUGCAAAGUCGAGUACAUCCUGGUCAGCGACGCCUCGCCGGAAGCGCUGGCCGCCGCCGCCGAAGAGAAGCGCCAACAACAAUCAGAGUCCUCCGCCGUUGUUGUCACAUCCGCCGAUUCCGCCGACGAGCCGAAACCAGCCUCGGCCCGUUUCGAGUCGCGAGUCAACAGCCGCACAAAGUCCAAAUUCGGUUUGAGAUCCCUCGGUCGCCGGAUCAUCAAAUUUUAAAAUUUUAACACAAAAUUUAAAAAAAAGCCACGCCCCCUUUUAAUCAACCCCCACCCCCUCGAUAAAACAAAAAGUGCCUUUGAUCAAAGAAAAAAAAACAAAUUUCAUUUUUUGAUCCGAUCAAAAAAUUCGAAAAAAUAUUUUGGAGACCACACCCACAAUACGCCAUCCAGCCACGCCCUUUUAUAAAAAUCUCCAAAAUAUUUUUUUGAUCCAAGUGUCUCGAUGAUGAUUUUCCAUUGAUGAUUGAUUUAAUUUUAAAAAAAAUUUUCAGCAAUUCGUUCUCCCUCUUAAAGUUAUUUUUUGAAAAUCGAAUUUAAACUUUUUGAUCGGUUUUUUUUCAUGUUUCACGCUCACGAACACAAAAUCAGCGAAAAAAUUUUCUUUUUUUUGGGACGGGAUUUUUAAAGAAAAACUAAAAAAACAAAAAAUCCCCAGUCGAAAGUUCGCGCGCCCACAGCGUGAAAAGAGACGAAAAAACAAAAUUUGUCGGUGAUUGGUUAUUUAAAAAAAACAAACAAACAAGCGCAUUCUCUCUCUCCCGCACACCAUUUCUGGCGUUCUUAAUUAUUAUUAUUAUUUAAAAGUUUCUAAAAAUUACUUUUUUUUCUUCCUCCCAAAAUGUUCCAUUGCGUGUUUUUGAGAAUUGCAACCCCGCCUCCCGUUUUUUUCUCCACCUUAUCGCCCAACCCCCAACCCCUCAUGUUAACAUGUCGUUCGAUUUUCACUAAUCGUUAAUUAUUAUAAUACACACUGUGUUCCGGAUUCAUAAAAA